AUGUCGUUCGGGGUGUCGGCGGCGCAGAAGCACCCAAAUGUGGAAAGGGACAUCGUUUACUUGAAAACGGAGCCGAACAGCUACCCGUUCCAGGUGACCAAAGACCACCCUCUGCUUGUAGAAGGGCCCAGUGGUGAUCUUGUGGACGUCACAGCUCAGGACCUGCUCCAAGACCGGCGGCGCAUCUAUGAUGGCACUCGUUUCCGAAGGGUCACUGAAGCAUUCGAGAGGCGCGAAGCCACAGAGGUGAUUGAGGUCACGUUUUUGGACGAUGCGGCUGUCUUGGCAUGGGUCUUGCCGAAGCGGCCGGUGCAUGCGCGCCCUCAGCUGCUCGACGGUGCUGCAGUCGUUUGCCUUGGCGCGCCGCCGCAGCGCACAGACGCAGUCUUUGUGCACAACACCUUCCUGCGCACGAGAGGCUCCGCGGACCGCGACCGCCAAUCCAGCAGGCGGUCGCGCUCCGCGGACGCGAGGCUGCAGGGGCUCUCUCCGCUCAUGGGGGCCGGGCGGGCCACGUCUUCCAGGCUCCCAGGCUAGGGCUGGCCUGCCGCUUCUCUCUUGACGAGGCAGUCAUCUUUCUGCUUAUGCGCUUGUGGCGCUGCCACGGCGGCAUUGCUGUUUUUAUGUUUUACGAUGAUUUGCUUUCGCGGCGGC